AUGAAGCUUCUCGGAAAGCAACUUCCGACCCCAAGAAAAAUGAAGAGCAAAUGUGAUAGGUUGGAGCGGAGCCACAAUCAGGAUUUGAAGAUCGUGGGAGUAGGCUUGGAGAAACCUCUCCAAAAACUGAAAGAUGAUUGCGAUUUACAUGUCGCCCAUGCCCUGGAUCUUGGGACUCUUGCUCCUGAAAAGUUUGCCAAAUCAGAGUUGAGAAAGGCUGGGAUGACCGAACUCGUAAUGAAGCUUCUCGGAGAGCAACUUCUGACCCCAAGAAAAAUGAGGAGCAGAUGUGAUAGGUUGGAGCGGAGCCACGAUUAG